CAGCUUGGCAAAAACGAGCCCGCCGCGCGCGCGUGCGCGACGUCGGCGAGUAUGAUGCUCUGCCUGGGCUCGACGCCACGACGCGACGUCAGAGCCACGAUGCGCGGGCAGCAGCUCGCCCAUGGCGCCUGGAUGUGGGCUGCCCCAGCUCCUGGCGCCCCAGUCGAGGGUCCCGGAGCCGCGUACUGGGGCGGGGAGAGACGACGAAGUCACGUGCGGGCCACGGCGUCGCGGGCUUGUGUCGGGCGCAGCCGACGGAGGCUACUCGCCGCCGCGCGGGCGAGGGCGUCGCGCCGAUAACAUCGGCGCCGCGGCUUGAUUUGGACAGUCAGGCCCGCGAUCAUUGUUGUUUGUUUGUUAUGGUUACGUAAACGACCGCUCGUGCGAGUUCGGGCGCGCACGCAUCGGGAGACGGCCUGGUGGAACAAAACUGGUUUGGGACGGGUUUUUGGCGCUUUCGCGCGCGCGAUUCUGCGUUACGCUCGCAACAGCGCUUGGCGGUGAAGCGGUACCCUCCAGCGAUCUCCUGGUUCGCACACGUAUCGUGCCCGUGACCUAUUAUAGAUCUGUGGCCCAGAGAGCCACUUUGCUAAUUUGAAAGCACAAGCCCAUGCCGCGCCCGCAGAAGCGCGGCCGCCGCGCGGACGCCGACAAGGAGUUCCGGGUGGAUCCCACCGAGGAGGACGAGGAGGACGACGAGGAGGAGCCCGUCGCCGACGACGACGACGACGAGGAGGCGCUGCGGGAGAAGCAGCGGGAAGUGGACGCGAAGAACGGCCUCGACCUGUGGGGCGACGUGCAGCGCGACAAGACGAAGAGCCCGAAAGGACCGCUGGCCUUCCUGCAAGGCAACAACACGCUGGGCGCCUGGCGGCCGGGCCGCAAGCUGCCCGUAGAACUCGUCAAGGCGUACCGCAAGAUUGGCCACCCCCUGCAAAGCUGCAAGCGGUCGCGCCAAUUUGUUGCGACGCUCGCGAAGAUUUGUGUAGAGGCCGACGUGCCGUUCCCGAUGCCCGGCAAGGGCUACACGAACCGCACGUGGAUAGCGAUGCUGCUGGCCUGGCGCGCGCCGAUGAAAAAGGGCGGCCGCCGGCGCUUACAGCUGGAGAGGGCGGCGUUCCUCACCUCCCAGCUGCUGGGCGUCUCCGCGACGGCGUCGUAUAAAUUCGCGACGCCCAAGCCCGGCGCCUGCAAGCUCUGCUCGGCCAUCGCCAUCAAGCUCCUCAAGAUCUUCCCGCUCGCCGACGAAAUCACCUACCGCGACUACAUCAAGGUCAAGCGCGUGGGCUUCGGCUUCGACCUCACGCUCCUCAAGAAGAAGAAGCUCUACCGCGACCACCUGGAGCUCUCGCUCCUCUUCCGCGGCUGGGUCUGCAAUAACUGCAACGCGCGCAAGCUCCACAAGCUCGACUCGCUCUCGAGCGACGACUACAAGGUGUUCGGGCGCCGCGUCUACGUGAACUGCACGACGUUUAUCUGA